GAGCGAGAUUUUAUAAUUAAAAAUGGCUGCGCCCAUGAAGAAGUUUGUCCCUGGUUUGUCAUUUAUCAAACAGAGUGUUAUCUUACAAAAUCUGAGGAAAUUUGCAGUCUCAUUGCCGGCAAGGUAUUGCAGCUCCCAAAAUGAAAACCCAACAGAGCAGCAACAUGAAUAUGAAGAAUCCACAGAGGAGUUUAAGUAUGUGGAGAAACUCCUUAAUAAUAAGAUGAUUCCGACCCCUCCUCAGCAUGCAGAGUACCCGACGCCAUCAGGCUGGUAUCCUCAGACUGAGGAAGCCAGUAAACUGCCAUAUUUUGUUCAUAGGAAUAAGUUCCAUAAUAUGCCAGUUUAUCUUCUUAAGAAAGGACCACUGGAGCGCACAAAAAUUCUUAAAGUAGAUGGAGAUAUUCAGCUUUUUUGUGAGGAUCUAAAGGAUUACUUAUCUAUGAAAUACCCUUCCAAGAUACACUACACUCAUAUCAAUGAAAUCAACAACAAAGUACUUGUCCGGGGAGAUUAUGUUGGUGAAGUGGUGGAGUUCCUUAAGGAGAAGGGAUUUUAAUGCAUAAAAAUCUGUAUAUUUGUAUGCGAAUGUGAUAUAUGGACAGUAAUAAAGGAAUAGUUUACAC